GGACUUCAGUAGAGUCUGCAUCAAUGCGCGCAUCGAGGGCACGAAGGAGGCGCUCGCGAGCAGACUUCUGAGCGCUAAAAAGACAAAUGGGACACCCUACGGACACGUAGACUUGAUCUGUUCCACCAUAGCACACAGCGAAGUUCAGCGACGCCCUGAAUGAAGUUGAGGAGAAACAUCAGUGUCAGAAUCUUGUAAUGCUAGAAAUGUCUUCAAGUAGUGGGCAGAAGAACGAGAUUUUCUCAACGAAAAGAAAUCAAAGAACAGAAGACGGCAAGCCUCUUAUCUGCCCUCAGUGUGGAAAGUGUUUCAAAUACACACGUCAUUUUGAGGGCCACAUGAGAACUGACACUGGGGUGUGCCCAUAUACAUGCCCCCAGUGUGGAAAGAGUUUCAGAGAUAAAUCAAAUAUUAAGGCACAUAUGAGAAUUCACACCGGUGAGUGCCCAUAUGCAUGUUCUCUGUGUGGAAAGAGUUUCAAACGCAAAAGUCAGUUUGAGGGCCACAUGAGAAUUCACACUGGAGAGCGCCCAUACACAUGUCCUCAGUGUGGAAAGAGUUUCAAGGAUCAUUCAAAUCUUGCAUCACAUAUGAGAAUUCACACGGGAGAGCGCCCAUACAUAUGUCCUCGGUGUGGAAAGAGUUUCAAAAAUAAAUCAAAUCUUUCGUCACAUAUGAGAAUUCACACUGGAGAGCGGCCAUAUGUAUGUCCACAGUGUGAAAAGAGUUUUAAACAGAAGGCAACGCUUGAGAAGCACAUGGGAAUUCAUACUGGAGAGUGCCCCUACACAUGUCCUCAGUGUGGAAAGAGUUUUAAACAGAAAAAUAAUCUUAAGGUGCACAUAAGAAUUCACACUGGAGAGCGCCCAUACACUUGUCCUCAGUGUGGAAAGAGUUUCAAAUGCAAACCAACAAUUAAUCGGCACAUGAGAAUUCAUGCUGGACAGCAUCCAUGAACAACUUUAGUGUGGAACGAGUACACAUCUGCAUUUCACAAUUUUCUUCCUCAGAUCCCCUCGAACUCUAUCAGGUUGAAUGACCAUCAGUAGACAGACAUUUUUAGAUUUCUACAGAGAUGUUCAAUUGGGUUCAAGCACUGGCUGGACCCCUCAAGGACAUUAGCUGCAGUUCUAUAGGCAAGCCACGCUGAGGCAAUAACCUCAAACCUCCACCUGCGGGGUGUUCUGAAGUAUUUGGUGCCUGAGAUUUUCUUUGACGCUGGGCCGAACGAGUUUCCUGCGUCACGUUAAAGUGCUAUGGAAAACAUAAGAGCACACUCUUCAGAUCAAACAGUCUUUAAAAUGAUGCUUACACUUGUAAGUUAAGCAUGAAUUGAAGAAUUUAUGCAUUAAUAAUUUUUUUGCACAGUAGUUUAGGUCGUCUGUUACAUUAUGUGUAAUUCAACGAUCACAGCUAUUACUUUCCCGAAGAUGUGGUGAGAGAAUGUUCCAGUUAAAUGAGCCAACACAUGUUUAUUGUGUAUUACUGUUCACUUUGAGAGGCUGUAGAAAGGUGAUGUAAAUGUAUGUUUAUUUGCAUAAUAAAGUGUAUUUGAUACCAUGAUUACCAUAGACUGAUUUCACUCCGCUGCCAUGUUGAAAUCGAAAGCUUUUGAUUUAAAAAUGGAGGCGGCGUGAAAUCAGUCUAUAGCUGAUUUCACAUUAAAGGGAUACUA